AUGGCGUCUGCCGCUCCAGCCUCAGGACCAAACUCAGGCUCAGCAGACGAGGUAGGCAGCGGGAUUGAGAGAUAUUCGAUUCCAUGCGGCAGUGUCGCUGGCGUGCCAAUCAGGCUACAUUUGCUGCUUCCGCUGGUGAUGCUCCUGUCUGCUGCGGCGGCUGCAUUUGCGGGCCAAGGGAUCACCGGUGUAUUCUUCGUUGUGCUGGUGAGUGGACCGUUGGUGCUUCUCACUGUCCUCGUUCACGAGCUUGGCCACGUAUUGGCAGCGCGACGCUGCGGCUGCACGCCCGACUCUAUCUUGCUGUGGCCGCUCGGUGGUCUCGCCCUCAUUGACGCGAGCGCAAUCGGCCCCAGGCAACAGAUAGUCAUUUCUGGAGCUGGACCCGCAACGCACCUGCCCAUGAUAGCCAUCUGGAUGGCACUGAUGGCGGCCACGAAUGACGGACAAGUCACUACCUCCACGGCUGGUAUGUCAUUCGAACAUCAUUUCAUAGCAUUGGUUUGUGUUGCCAUGUUGCUCAACAACAUCGGGAUGUUUCUGUUUAACUUGUUGAUCCCAUGCUUUCCGCUCGAUUGUUCCCAAAUUAUAUUGGCUUCAAUGCUCCUUUGUGGCAGUGAGGUAGGGACGGCCGCUAUGGUCAUGGUUGGUCUCUCAGCCCCAAUCCUCGUGAUUCUGGCGGGCAUCGGCAUUUAUGGUUACUUCACGGGCACCCCAUCGGCCACCCUACACAUUAUGCUGGCGGUCUGGCUGGGAGCACAGUCUUGGAAGCUUCAUCAGGCGCGUCUGGAGGGGCGGCUGGCGUCCUACCCCCUCUUCGCCAACGCGAUGCGAAUGCAGGCUGACUGCAGAUCUGGACCUGCCAGUGCGGGAGAUUCUGGUGGCCGUGCUGGGUCGUUCAAGCCCUUCCAAGGCGAAGGCGUCACACUGGGUCGUCCAGCAGCUCCUCCGCCGUCGAGCCAGGUCUGCAUGGGGGCCGCGCUCGCAGCCAUUGUUGCUGUGACUGUCGCUUGCCAAGUUUCUGCGCCAGGGACGCAGUGA